GGACUACGGUGGCUGUCAGGGCACAUUUGGAGGUAGUACCACUCACCAGAAGUGGAACUGUCACACUGCUUGUGUCCUUGUUAGCUAGCGGGCUUGUGAGUUGCCAUUAGAGGCAGGCAAAUGUGUCCUGAUUGGAAAGAUGUAUUGAUUUGUUACGGGAGAUAAAAUCUGACAGAGAGCUACGUUUACUUGUUAGCAGCGCCAUGUUGCGUGUCGGGAGCUCAGCCGCCUGUGUGGCUUGUAGGAGCCUCGUCUCAAACAAUAUGGGGGUGAAAUUCCGGAUCCCAUUGCAGAAACUUCAUCCUCUGUCUCGUGCCAUUCACCAUCGUUACUCUGGAAACAAUAACCCUCAUCGGACUCCUCAUCGCACAGCAGCGCGAUAUUUUACCUCCAUGUCCCGGUUGCCCAUGCGGCCUUUGAAGCCCCCUCCGGGGUCUGGCGGUCACAGGCACCACCAGCAGCGCAACUUCUGGGUGGCCCGCCUGGCAGCCCGGCUGCUGAGGCUCCGAUACAUCCUGCUGGGAACAGCAGUUGGAGGAGGUUACACAGCUAAGAAGACCUAUGAAGAAUGGAAAGACAUGCUGCCUGAUUUCAGUGAGUACAACUGGGUCAUCCCUGACUUUGUGUGGGAACUGAGUGAACAUAUUGAUCUUGAUAAACUGGCGAAGGCGUUACCAGAGAUGGAAGAAAUCGCUAAACUUCUACCUGACUUUGAGAAGAUUGGAGAGAACUUCACUUUUCUUAAAGGGCUUCUUUCCUCCGGUGUGAGUUUGGGUAGUGAAGUCAAAGGAGCCUCUGGCCUGCAUCUGUUAGAAAGUUCAGGUGAUCCUGCUCUAAAAGCUACAGAUUCUUCAACUGGAGCUGCACAUGAUGCCAGUGACAAGCAGUACAAAAAGCAGGGUCUGCUCGGAGAGCUGAUUUUUAUUCAGCAGCAGAUCCAGCGGCACGAGGAGGAGGUCCAGCGGGCCGCUGCAGCCAAUAGUGCGCGUACGUCACCCCAAGAGCGUGCUGCGAACCACAACCCCUCGACACAGACACGCCAGUCAUCAGACAGAGAAAAGGUUGACCAGCUCCAAGAGGAGCUUCUUCGAACUCAGUUAAAGUAUCAGCGCAUGCUGGAAAGACUGGAAAAGGAAAACAAAGAGUUAAGGAAAGUGGUGCUGCAAAAAGAUGAUAAGGGGAUUCAUCAACGGAAGGUGAAGAAAUCCCUUAUUGACCUCUAUUCUGAAGUCCUCGACAUCUUGUCUGAUUAUGAUUCCAACUACAACACCCAGGACCAUUUACCCAGGGUGGUUGUGGUUGGCGAUCAGAGUGCUGGGAAGACCAGCGUGCUUGAGAUGAUCGCCCAGGCCAGGAUCUUCCCCAGGGGAUCAGGAGAGAUGAUGACACGCUCUCCUGUGAAGGUAACAUUAAGCGAAGGUCCCCAUCAUGUGGCCAUGUUCAAAGACAGUGGCAGAGAGUUCGACCUUAGUAAGGAGGAGGAUUUGGCUGCUCUGAGGCAUGAGAUUGAGCUGAGGAUGAGGAAGAGUGUGAAGGAGGGACAGACGGUCAGCUCUGAGACAAUCUCUUUGAACGUUAAAGGACCGGGUAUUCAGAGGAUGGUUCUUGUUGACUUACCUGGUGUCAUCAGUACGGUGACGACGGGCAUGGCAUCAGACACUAAGGAAACCAUCUUCAGCAUGAGCAAGGCCUACAUGCAAAACCCUAAUGCUAUCAUUCUUUGUAUUCAAGACGGCAGUGUGGAUGCAGAGCGCAGCAUCGUAACAGACCUGGUCAGCCAGAUGGACCCUCAGGGCAGAAGGACCAUCUUUGUUCUAACUAAAGUGGACUUGGCUGAAAAGAACCUGGCCAGUCCAGGCAGAAUUCAGCAAAUUGUUGAAGGAAGGCUGUUUCCCAUGAAAGCUCUUGGUUAUUUUGCUGUGGUAACAGGAAAAGGGAGCUCCGGGGAGAGCAUAGAUGCAAUUAAAGAUUACGAAGAGGAUUUUUUCCAGAACUCCAGAUUGCUGAGGGACGGUAUGCUGAAGGCUCAUCAGGUCACCACAAAGAACUUGAGUCUGGCUGUCUCUGACUGCUUCUGGAAGAUGGUCAGGGAGUCUGUGGAGCAGCAAGCUGAUGUUUUCAAAGCAUCACGAUUCAACCUGGAGACUGAAUGGAAGAACAACUAUCCUCGUCUGAGAGAACUUGACAGGAAUGAACUCUUUGAAAAAGCAAAAAAUGAAAUUUUGGAUGAAGUCAUUAGUUUGAGUCAAGUGACGCCCCAACUCUGGGAGUCUAUUCUGCAGAAAAAGCUUUGGGAACGUGUUUCCACUCAUGUCAUCGAGAACAUCUAUCUGCCUGCUGCCCAAACAAUGGACUCCGGGACAUUUAACACAACUAUAGACAUCAAGCUGAAGCAGUGGACUGACAAGCAGCUUCCACAUAAGGCACUGGAGGUUGCCUGGGAGACUUUGCAGGAGGAGUUUGCUCGCUUUAUGGCUGAAUACAAAGGCAAAGACCAGGACGACAUCUUUGACAAGUUGAAGGAGGCAGUGAAGGACGAGAGCAUCAAGAGGCACAAGUGGAAUGAGAGAGCCAUGGACAGUCUGAGGGUGAUCCAGCACAACACCUUAGAAGACCGAUCCAUCACCGACAAACCUCAGUGGGAUGCUGCCAUCCAGUUCAUGGAGGAAACGCUGCAGUCACGCCUCAAAGACAAUGAAUCUGUGAUCAGAGACAUGGUGGGGCCUGACUGGAAAGAGAGGUGGCUAAAGUGGGUGAACCGGACGCCAGAGCAGCACAUUCGUAAUGAAACAAAAAAUGAGCUGGAUCGCUUGCUGAAGCUGCACGAUGACCACACUGCUUACCUGGCCAGUGAUGAGGUCACCACAGUGAGGAAGAACCUGGAGGGACGGGGGGUUGAAGUGGACCCAGUGCUGAUCAAAGACACGUGGCAUCAGCUUUAUCGCAGACACUUCUUGCAGAAAGCACUGACUCACUGCAGCCUCUGCAAGAGAGGUUUCUACUACUACCAGAGACACUUUGUUGACUCUGAGCUGGAGUGCAAUGAUGUGGUGUUGUUUUGGAGGAUCCAGAGGAUGUUGGUCAUCACCGCUAACACACUCCGGCAGCAGCUUACCAAUACUGAGGUGCGGCGGUUGGAGAAAAAUGUAAAAGAGGUCUUGGAUGACUUUGGAGAAGACUUGGAGAAAAAGACUCAACUCAUCACUGGCCGCAGAGUCCAGCUGGCUGAGGAUCUCAAGAAAGUCCGUGAGAUUCAAGAGAAACUUGAAGCUUUCAUUGAAGCUCUUCACAAGGAGAAGUAACGGAUCCAGAUUAUUGCACUGAACAAAGACAGCACAUCUGUAAAUUUCCGCCAUCGCCCCUUUCUGGCACGAUCUCCACAGCUUCCUGGUUUUACUAUCAGUGACUCUUAGACAGUGAUGGAGCGAUAGAUAUGAACACAAAUGAAGAACAGUUCCUUUUCUUUUUCCUUUUUUUCAAAUCCCUCUGGCUGCUUUGACACCAGAGGAGCACAACAACCCAACCAUACUGAGAUUGAAGGAGAAAUGCAAAGCUUGUUCCCCAUAGCUGAGGACUGUUGAUAUGUCCUAUGCUCUUUUUGAUAUUUUGGAGUUUCUGUCUCAUCCAAAAAUUACAACCAGUUAUCUUCUAAAAUAUUGAAUAGUUGCAUUUAGGAUUAACAGCACUUGAUUCCACUUUUAAGCUCAUCUGAGUGUCCAGCUCUCCAUUCACCAACACUCUCCACUGUCCUUACUCGUGAGCGUCCGCGUCUCAUAAAGCUAGAUCUAUUUUUAUUCAAUUUAUUCCCUUAUUAAGACAUCUGUUUCGUUGUUCCAAAAGUGCACAACAAACUUCUCAACCAAUUUUAUUUUAAUUUCAUACAUGUCCCAAAUGUAACUCUUGCUCUCUUACUGAAACGCUAAAUAGAGGAAACAAAUUAUAAAAUGUCUUUUAAAAAGUGAAAUAGUUGUCAUUGAGGUUUUAAAAAUGCCCAUUCAACACCUGUGCAGUUUAAUAUGAUUAGAUUUUUAGAGUCUGUCCCACUAUAGUUAGUUUUCUGCCUCUAGAGCCAGUUAGAAAAGCUGAUCUAAUUCUCAAUACUGUUUGAUUCAGUGGGCUCAUUUACAAAUGGACUGGGUUUUCUUCCAGAUGUUUUUUGAAUUUGCACCAGGUUUCUCAUCUUUUGUCAGCCAUUUGCAGUGGGCCUAGAUGUAUGCGAUACAGAAGCUGUUGUACUUAAAAUUACCUUUGUGAAUGAAUAGUUUCUAAGUGGGAAAAAUGAUAGAAAAUCUUCCUUACUACAAUUUCUUUCGUUCCAGUCACUGUUCAGGACUCACUGUUCUACUCGCUCCCCAGAUUCUCAUCCUUUUCCUCAUUUGAACCUUUAAGAAUCUUCACGUCACCGACACCCUGCUCUCUUCUUUCUGUAUUUGCCUGCAUGGAGGAGUGAGAAUACGUUACCCAUAUUCCUUCACUCCUUCAUUCACUCAGAUGUGUUUAUAUGGGUAUGUGUACAUAAAUAUCCAGACUGUGCUUCCUGCACAGACAAAGUGAGUGGGCAGUCGGGGAGCCGCUAUCAUGUACAGCACCAGGAUCCAGAGUGAGACACCUGCGCAACAGAAAGCUAAGAAGCUGUUUUAUGUUGUAGAAAGUAAUGUGUGCAUGGUGUUCCCCCUUACAGAUGUGCAUUAUUUAUUUAAUUUGUGUUGAAAUGAAAAUAAAAUUGACGUCAAUAAAUAAAUUUCAUUUUUUUUUUUAU